GGAACCGAAGCGCCGCACCAUCUUCAUCACCCGCAUGUUCUCUGUCCCGAGUCCCGACGACAGCGCCGCCGUCCGCACCCCCACGAACUCCCCGGCCGCCCCGCCCCCCGACGGCGGCUUUCCCUUCCCACACGCUGUCGCGAAGCCAGCCUCCCAGAAGCCGACCCACCUGAGCCAGCCGCGCAAGACGCCCAUGUACGCCAUCACCAUCAUCCUGCACCUGCCAAUCGCACAGUCUCCGGCCACGCGCCCGCCUCCCAAGACCCCCGCCCACCUGUCAACUUCGGCGCCGGGCCAGGACUCGCUCGCCUCCUCCCUCGACUCGGACCGCCGUGCAGGCUGGGCCUUCAUCGACUCGAACCUCGGGGCUGAUUCGCUCGUCUCGUCGGCGCUGAGCAGCCACGUCGACGAUCGCGUCGACGUCGUCGGCCAGCACUGGGACGUCAUCAUGCGUGCUCUUACAAGCCUGCAGCAUGUCGUCCAGGAGCGCAUCUCCGCCCACUUCAAAGCCCCAGCUGCCAUGUCACCGCCCGAGCAUCCCCAACAUCGCCGAACCACCUCUCGCACAAGUGCUCGGGAGAGUCUACCACAGCCUGGCCGCAGACCCCCUUUGCGGCUACAGUCCAAUGCACUGAUGCUGGACAAAGAGAUUCAAGUGGCUGCAGAAAUAACCGGCAACCGAGUCAUCAGUGGCAUGCGCAUACCCCGCGUCAUGACAGGCCAAGGCAAAUGGGGUGUCUGGCGUGAGGAAGCAAGAUGGCUCGGUCGAUGGGCUGGGAAGCGGGAGCAGAACUUCUUCUUCUUCAAUCUGCUCACAGCCUUCCUCGGGAAUCACACCGAGUGGCUUCACAUGUUGGGACCUAGAUGGGCUCGCAAGCGCCACCGAGAACAACAAAAGGCUGCCGCUGGAGAAAACAUUGUCAUAUCAAAUCGCACUGUCAUCGUGUCCCCUGACAAGAUGGCAGCAAGAAGGCUUAUCUACCUUCUUGCCGCUUUCUUGCCUCCAAAUGCACCUGUGAUUGGCGAUGCCAUCAACAUAGUGCGCCCAAGCACAUCUGCUUCGCAUCGCGCCUACUCACAGUCCCCCCCGACCAACAUGCCUCCAUCGAGGAAGCAGUCACUGCGGCGUCAGAUUAACAGGCGGCCGCGAGAGAAGCAGAGUAUGACUAACAUAACAGUGCAGCCACCCGCGUUCAACAAAGCAGAUGCAUCGUCGGCCAGUGCUUCGCAUCAUCGAUCCGCGUCGGCAGUCCUUCAAGCUCCCGAUCCCACACGGCCUCCGACGUAUUCUCGACGGUCUUCAACGCACUCAGUCCGCACAAGUCUUGUACUCCCUUCCAUGACUGAGGGUGCUGGACCCAACAUGAGCAGCAUUAUUUCCCCCUCAACUGCUGCACCGCAGAGCGCCAUACCAAUCGCGCACUUCACAUUGCCCAGGACAAGGCCCGACGGGUCGAUAGCCGAAUACAGACCAGAGAGCAGCGACAGUUUAGCAUCAACAAAUCUCAUCAACACGUUGCAAAGAAGCGGGACAGGACAAACCAGCUUGGCAAGCAAUGACUCAAGCAACAACAGCCGUUGGAGUGGCUUCAUGAACUUUUGGAAUGGAGGAAGGCGCGACUCAUCUACGGAUGGCAGCAGCUACCUCCAGACCACAGAUGAUGGCGUUGGAUUCCGAGGGCAGGAGCGCCCACGAUCUCAACUCGAGCAAAUGGUGCAGGAGCUCUCCGUGGAUGAUAGUGUAUUCGAGGACGGAGAAGCAUUCGACACGCCUGGAACCAGCGCAACCUCCGCCACACAGGCGAUUUCCGAAACUUAUCCCAUCAAUACAUCAAGCGGUAUCCCUGCCUCGGCAGCACGACCCAUCCCCGAACGGCCCAAGACUUAUGACUCGCAGCUCAAAUUGUCUGUCAAUGAGAAGGAUGGCGUGAUAGAUGUUGACAUCGCACUUCCUGCUUUCGGCUCGCCUCUCCAGUCACCUAUCUUCGGAGGUGCAGGUUCGGUUGGCAGCCAACACGGCUCCAGUUUUGGCGAAUCCUCCGUGCUGUCUUUGCCAUUCCAAGAGCCCGAACAACCUGUCAACGCAGCGGGUUGGCUCUCACAAUUCCACCCUGACUUUGCCAUUCAAGCAAUCAAGCCCUAUGCAUCCCUUGAGCGGGACAUCAAACGCGCCAUGUCAGCUGAGCCGACACCAAUCACCUCUGCCACAACACCAUCUGUGGAGACAGGACCUCUGGAACGCUGGGUCGAUGUCUGCUCCGCCCUCGUAGCCGACACUCGUACGUUCACCAUCAAACGCCUCAGCCUGCGCCGCCUUGUCCGUCUUAUUCCUGCUCCAACAUACCUGCCAACAGCGCUCACGCCCGGUGUGGCAGGCAUGCCGCCCGGUCGCUCGCAAUACGGCAAUCCAUAUACAUCAAGCUCUGUGGCUCCAAUGCCGACGGAAGUCCAUCUCGCGGAAAAGUUUGAUGAAGAGGCUAUCAUGGACUUUGACGCCGUGCUCAUCGAAGGAAUUGAUCGCAUACUCGCGCGCUCUGGUGACACGACACGUGCCAACUCCACUCAGUCCUCACGCUCGUCUUCUCGACGUGGACGAAGAAAUACCAGAGCAGAGUCGGACGUUACGGGCAUGGCAAGCGAAACUCAUGUUGAAGUUCCGCAGACAGACUGCAAGGGAGUGAUUUUCGAUGCCCUGGAGACCGUAGUAAGGAACGUCACGGCAGAGAGGAGUGGCGAAAAAGACGGACAAGGUGGAGGAGAGAAGAGUAUGAGGACGGUAAAUCAGAGAACAUAUACUGACUCCUCGCUCAAAGAAGGAGUCAGAAGGUGGUUGUCCGAAGUGGAGUGAAGAACCGGUGGGUGGACAACGUGUAUGAAUAGACGACCUGAUUUCUUUUCCUGCGUUCUAGCGAUGCAUGUACAAGGCCGAUGGUAUUCAGGAGAAUACUGUUCCUGGGAAUGCGUAUGAAAGAGCCGUAUCAAUAUCAUUUGUUAUGACCGCGCAAUGUUCAAGAGAGUGGUUGCAAGUCUUGUGACAUAUUGCGUUCCUUGUGCGAUGCAGGUAUUGUGUAUUGUAGGAGCACGCUGAUGUUGUUCGCAACUCAGCGCAGAGGCGUCGUACCAGCUGGGAAGAGGUGGAGGGGCCGGAGCCUGUAGGGCUGAAGUGGG